GCCGCGGCGAGCUGGUGUGCUGGGCGCUGUGGGCCUGCGGCGCGGCGGACGCCAGGCAGAGCUGGAUGGCCGUGUCUGCAGACGCCAAGAAGGCGGGGGCCGAGGCGCUGCGGGGCGGGGGUGCCGACGUCACAGACGACGACGUCGCCGAGCUCGUCCUGAAGGUGAGGUCGACGCUGAGCGCAGGGCGAGCCCCCCGUUCCAAGCGGGACGAGGCACGGCGCCUGGAGGCGGCGCUGGACCCGGUGGCCGUCCGCCUGGCGUCGGGGAACCCCGAGGUGCCAGGCUCCGCGAUGGCCGAGGCCCUCUGGGGGUUCACAGAGGCCGCCACUUUCGCCACGCAGACGGAGGGUCGGAUCAGACGAGUGGCGGCCGACGCCGAUGGCUGGGAGACGAUCGCGGAUCGGAUCUGGGCCCGAGCGGUGGGGGCCGACGGGAACACGCUGCCCGUCGACUGGGUGCUGCACCUUGGCAUAGGCCUCUUCCUGUCGAGCCUGGCGGUGGUGCUGGGGGCCGACUCAGUGCGACACCGCCUGGCUGGCGGGGCUGUAGGGCUGGUCGGGACCGUCCUGCUGGUACGGCGGGUGCCCGAGCGGGUGGUCGCCUGGUGGACACGCUGUCGGCGGCGUUCGGCCUUCGCCGCGGCGCGGAGGCGCGGCGGGGACGGCCUGGACCGGACCGCCGCCGAGGCCGCGGAGGAACCUGCGGGCCCGCUGCACCCGCCGGGGCUUGCAGCACUGCCGCCUCCGCCGUGGGCCCCACCCGCCGAGGGCGCAGGCGCGGGUACCGCUGUGGGGAAGCCUGGCGCGCAGGACCUGUCGGCGCUGCGGGCGUUCGCCCAGGGGUGCGAGGUGCCGGGCCCCUCCAGCCAGACAGCGGCCAUGCAGCAGCAGCAGCAGCAGCAGCCACAGCCGACACCAGAGGUGGCCGUCCCAGCUUCGGGGCUCAGCUUCCACGUUCCCCACGCUCCUGCAGAUGCGGUGCAGCUAGGACGGGAGGUUGAGAUAGCGGGCGCCACGCUGCGCGAGUUCCAGGCGCAGGCGGCCAUCAACGAGGACUGGGCCUGGCACUUCUGGGAGAGGAUCGCGGCCGUGGAUGGCGCCAGGGGGCUGCGCCCUGACCUACGACGAGUGCUGCAGACUCGCGGCUACGUGGGCGCGGGGACGACGUCCCCGCCAGGAGAGUCGUUGCAGCAGGAGCUGGACGCGCUGGUCGCCUCCCCUACGGCGCCUCACGGCGGGGGCAUGCACGCCUCCCCUGGGUGGGCCGUGGCCCCGCAGACCCAGCAGCAUCAGGAGGACAGUCGAUGGAACCUGAGCCUCCCGCCGGAGCUGCGGCGCGCAGCGCCGGAGAUCUACCGCACCAUACGGGGCGCGGGGGCGGCCAGCGCGCGGGACUGGCUGUCGCAGGAGGUGACGGGCCAGCGACACACGGCGGCCUGGACCGACCUGUGGAAUGCCGCCACCAACGUGGACUACUUGCUGGGCGGUUGCGCGAACCAGUCCGAGCUGCUCACACGGUUGGCGUCCGACGAUGCGCUGGAGCUGCACCUGAGGCGGCUGGCGAGCUACGUCUACGAGAUGCGGACGAAGGACAAGGUUGGGGGGGCGGCCAUGGCGGCUGUCCGCCCGCCCGGGUCAGCCGCCGACUUGGCUCCGACAUGGCUGGUGACCGAGGCCACGACCCACAGCCAGGCGGAGCACCAGCGCGACGAGAGGGUCCACGCCGCCAUCAAGCACGAGGGUCGAGGCGGCGGCCGUGGCGGGGGCCAAGGAGGUGUGGCGGGGGGCGGCAGCGAGGUAGCCAGCGGCGGCCGAGGUGCCCCGCCGCCGCGGGUGCAGCCUAGAAUGCCAGUGACGGGUUUGUCAGGCUCGCUGACGCAGGCCUUGCAGUGGAAGGAGGCCGAGGCCAGGUUGAGGACGCGCUGGGCACGACGCAUGCGGGUGUGGCGUCGGGCCUGUGGGCUCAUCGAGCUCAUGAACGGGAUGGACCGCGGAUCCCUGGAGGCGAGACUAACGGGCCAGCGCGAGGCGAGCGACAACGAGAUGAUGCUGGCCUGGCAGCUCGUGCAGCAGUAUGCGUUACAGGACGCAGCGCGGUACGAGCGCGACUGCCGGGGGCUUGCCCCGACAGGCGGUCAAGGGACGGAUCUUGCCUGCGACAGAGGACCGCAGGACGCCUACACUGGAGAGCGCAAGGGUGUGAGCAAGCACGUGAUGAUGUGCGCAGCGGCGGUGGCAGAACCUCCGGACGACAUGGUCGUGGACCUGCUGGAGGCGCUGCCCGACGGCGAGCGCCAGUACUAUUCGGACGAGCAGAACGUCCUGGACUACAGCGGCAAGGCGCUGCUGGGCGUAGGCGCACGCUUGGGGGCGCUCGCGGGCGCCGCGGCUCCCGCCGACGGCGCGGCCUGCGGUGCGCCACGCACCUCGCCGCCCGAGGACGGGGGGCUGGAGGCUGGCAGCCGCGGGGAUGCCGAGCCUGAGGACGCUCAGCAGCACCGCUACGACGACGACUGGCUAGGGCAGCAGUCCAGCUGCCGGGCCGCGCCGCCUAGCCCGAGGGGCUACAGCGUGGCGGAGUGGCUGGAGACAGUGAGGCGGGCGAAGAGAGAUGACGAGCGUGUGAUGGUGGUGAUGCAUCUCUUCGCUGGCCGUCGGCGGCGUGGUGACGUGCAGGAGGUGGUAGAGAGGCUGGCGAAGGAGCGGAGCUUGAGGGUGCUCUUCCUUUCCGCCGAUCUCCUGGACGACCCGCGGUGGGACCUGGCCAACCCCUCCACGUUCUCCUCCUUGAUGGAGCUGUGCGAGGGCGGCUGGGUGGAUAUCGUACUGGGCGGUCCGCCCUGUUCAACCUGGUCGCGGGCACGCUACAAUCGUCGCCGACCUGGUCCGCCGCCGGUGCGCUCGCGGCGGUGCCCCUGGGGGCUGCCCGGCCUCAGGGACUGGGAGGCCGCCAGAGUCGCGGAGAGUAACACCUUGACGCUGAACUUGUUGGCGCUCUGCGAGGCGUGCGGCCAGAGUGGCGGCGCCUUCCUCAUCGAGCACCCGGAGGGCCCAGGGCAUGCGCCCUACCCAUCCAUCUGGAACACGACUGAGAUGCUGGAUUUCGAGACGAGGCGCUCGUCGCGGAGAGCGUGCUUGGACCAAUGCAUGUUGGGCGGACGGACGAAGAAGCCCACGUGCCUGAGCGGCACACUGCAGGGGCUGGAGGACCUGAACGAGCUGCGGUGUGACGGGCCCCAUGCCCACGAGACGGCCGAGGGCAAGCUGGCCGACGGCACCUUCCGCACGAGCCCGCUGGCCCAGUACCCCGAGAAGAUGUGCGAAACGCUGGGCUCCUUGAUUGUUCAGACCCUGGCCAUCUUCGAGCAGACCGGCUUGGGCGGCACCGGGUGGCGAAGGCCGCCGGAGGAUGUGCUUCGCGGUCGGGGGUUGGUGCUGGAUGGGCCGCAGAUGGCCUUCUACCUACACGUCGACGACGGGGUGGUGAUGGCCGGUGGCAGCGGCUGUGGCCCACGGGCCUCUGGGAAGAUGCACCAGCUGGCGGAUGCCCUGGCCGAGGCCGGCUUCGUGGUCACCGACCGCACGGAGGCCAGCGACAUGCAGAAGGUGCUGGGCUACGCACCACAGGCGCGUCCGGCGCAGCUACGCUUGCCCCCGAAGAGGGCACGAGAGCUGGUGCAGCAGCUGGAGGCGAUGGGCGCCACCCGCUCCCUCCACACCGAGGAGCUUCGGUCGCUCCUGGGGGUGUGGAUCUGGGGCGCACUACUUCGGAGGGAGCUGCUCUGCAUACCCAGCGCCGUCUUCAGGCUCCUGGAGAGGCACCCGCACCAGAGGGUGUGCACCUGGGCGACCGUCCGCAGGGAGCUGCGGGCUAUGGCUCGAGUAGUUCCACUGAUGUACGCCGACCUGGGAGCCCCGCCAGCCCCCGUGUAUUUCGCGGCGGACGCCAUGGGCGCCAACGUGGAGGACGACGGCGGUUGGGGCAUCCUGGUGACAGACAUGAGCGAGGACAUCGCGAAGGACUUCAUCGACACGGGCGGCAACUUGGGCUACACCGUGGCGCGACUGGACGGCGAGCUUACUGGAUUGCGGCGUCCCGAGCUGGUCAUCCGUCGGACGAAGCCCUUCAGCCUCCUCCCCGAUCGAGUGUUCAAGCCCGACGAGGACUGGACGAUCGUAGGAGCGGGGAGGUGGCGGGCGGCCGACCACAUCACGCUGGGCGAGGGGCGCUGCGUCGUGAAGAUCAGCAGACUGGCGGCCGCCACUCCUGCUUUACACCGCACCGUGCUGCCGAUCCUGGAGGACAACCAGCCAGUCUCGGGUGCGGUAUGCAAGGGGAGGUCCCCGGCGCACAUGUUGAACCACCUGUUGCGUCAGAAGACCGCAGCAGGGAUGGCAUCUCGUACGAAGAUUCUGAUUCCAUGGGUGGAGACGCUCAGGCAGCCUGCUGAUAAGAUAUCGAGGAAGCUGAACAGCACUUCUGUUGAGAAGGUAAAGCCGCACACCCUGGCAGCCUACAGGGCGGCGGCUAUGAAGUUCGUGACCUACCUGGACGAGCACGGCGUUGUCCCCGACGGGCCCAAGCAGUGGGACGACCUGCUUGUCGAAUACAAGAACGACAUGCAGAUGACCAAGUGCAGUUUCGAGUACGCUGUCGUGGCAGUGGAGUUUGUCUUCCCACGCCUGAGGAGGAAGCUGACUUGGUCCCACUCGGUGACUGACGCAUGGCGAGUGUCGGCCGAGGUGAAGCACGCGCCGCCGCUCGGCCGCGCGCCGGCCAACCUGGCCGCUAUCUAUUUCUCCUGCUGGGGCGUGCCGCGGCUGGGCGUAGGCUUGCUACUGCAGGUGGACCGCGGCCUGCGCCCGUCGGAGAUGCUUCAGCUCAGAGCAAAAGACAUAUCCUUGCCAUCGUCGAGAGGGGGACAUGAUUUGCAGCCAAAUUGGGUUAUCCACUUGGGAGCCAAGUCGGGGACAAAGGCCAAGAGGAUGCAGUUCGCCAUUAUUCUGGAGCAGGGCGGAGUACUGGAGAACCUCUUGCACCGAGUAGUCUUGGGAACGCCGCCCGAGGGGCUCCUCUUUCCUUACUCGCUUGUCGACCACAGGCAUCGGCUCAAGCAGUUUGAAGCAGCCCUGGGCCUCGACAUUCACUGCCUCCGCAUCUACGUGGACGUUGUCACCGCCUCCCGGGUCCUGGUGCAGGCUGAGCAGCGAGGUAUCGCACCGCCCAUCCGCGAGACGGCCGAGAAGCUGCCCUACUACUUCCCGGAGGGCAUCUUCGGCGAGGGGGAGGGCCUCCAGCAUGCCGCCAGCGG